AUGAUGGGCUACGGUGGUCAUUCCUUCCACCCUCGCCCCCCGCAGACCGCCCAGCAGCACCCGCAGCAGCAGCAGCAACAACAACAACAACAUCAACAACAACAACACCAGCAACACUCCCUGCAAUCCCCGUCCAUGAGUUCCGCGGGACAUGCCCAUCAGGGGUCCAAUAUCAGCGCCGGUAGUCUUCUGCGCGGUCCCUCCGCCGCCGACGUCGCCGCCGCUCACUCCCCCGAUCUCCGCAAGAUGACCCCCGCCUCGUCGGCGCCGCUGGUCGGUCUCCCCACGGGCGGCAAUUUCGGCACCUUUUCCAACCACUUCCCCCCGCAGGGCUCCUCCGAUCUCCUGUCGCGCAAUCCCGACUCCGUCGGUCAGGUCAAGGAUCCUUACCUGUCCUUGCAGAACCUGCAGCGCAAUAUGAACCCCAUGGCCAACUUUCGCGCCCACCCCAACGCCAUGAACCCACAGGCCACCACCCUGUCCCCUCACGCCCACGCCAUGACCUUGGGGUCCCCGCAACAGUCGCUCGAGCGUCUGCAGCAACAGCAGCAGCAGCAACAGCAACAUGCGCACCUGCAGCAUCGCCAGGCCACCCAUCCUGCUGGGACCUCUCCGGCCGCCGCCUCGCCCAUGCUCACCACUACUCAACCCCAGCACCAGCAGGCCCACUUCGCCUCCACCCAGCCGCAGUCUUACGCGGCUCAGCAGGCGUAUCAACCCCACACCGCCGCCCAGGCCUCCCCCUACCAAUCUCAAGCUCAGGCCUCUCCCUAUCAGGCCCAGGCGGCUGCCCAGGCCUCGCCUUACCAGCACCACGUACAGCAGACCUAUCAGCAGCAGCAGCAGCAGCAGCAGCAACAACAACAACAGCAGCAGCAGCAGCAGCAGGCGCAGCAGGCACAGCAGGCGCAACAGGCGCAACAGGCUCAAUACCAGCAACACCCCCGGUACCAGCAGCAGGCCCAGCGGUCGCCCUAUCAGGCUCAGGCCCAGCAACCCGCCCAGUUCCAGCCGCCGCAGGCCUUCUCCCGCCAGUACCCGCACGCGCAGCCGGCGGCGUCGUACCCGCAGUCUCAGCCCUCCCCCUACCAGCAGGCCCAACAGUCGCCCCGGUCCCUCGUCCAGCCGCCCGUCUCCCAGGCGCCCCGGGCGACCUCGACCCCGCAGCCGGCCGCCCAGUCCCAGCCGGCCGCGGCGGUCCCGCCCGCACGGGCUCCGCCAUCGACGGCCACCCCGGCGUCGGCCAUGACCGGUACCAUCGAUCUGCUCGGUGAGCCCAUCCAGCCCACCCAGCCCGAUCCGGCCCCCAAGCCCCGGAAGAAGCCGCCGCCGCCCAAGCCCGCCGCCGCGUCGCCCGCCCAGCAGCCCCAUCCCCUCCAGACCGCCACCACCCUCGGCGUCGCUGACCCGCCCCCGGGACCCGUGCCCGCCUUCUACACCGAGACCCCGGGCCAGAAUCCGCCCGCGGCGGACAAGACGGCCACCCCCAAGAAACGGGGCCGCCCCCGCAAGUCGGAGGUCCUCGGCGAGGACGGCCAACCGUUGCCCAAGAAACGCAAGCCCCGCAAGCCCAAGGAGCCCAAGCCCCCCAAAGACGGUGCUGUCCCUGGCGCGCCCAUCGGCCCCGGAGAACCCCACAUGCCCGGGGUGCCCGGGGUGCCCACGGUCCCGGACGCGUCGGCGGGCGCCGUGGCCACCGCCGGCCCCUCCGCCCCAGCCGCGCCGCUGAUGAUCACCAACCCGGAUGGCACCGUCGUGCCGGCGAAGCGCCGACGGGGUCGCCCCCGCAAGUCUGAGAUCGACCCGAACGCGCCCCCGCGGCCCAAGCGUCCACGCAAGCCGUCCUCCAAGCCGGGGACCGGCCGGCCUAGGGGCGACCGCGCAAGGCGGACGUGGCCGCGCGCAAGGCCGCCGAGGAAGCCGAGGCCCAGGCCCAGGCCCAAGCCCAGGGUCAGGCUCCAGGUCAGGCUCCGGGUCAGGCUCCGGGUCAGGCGCCAGGCCAGGUUCCGGGCCUGGCUCAGGCUCAAGCGCCCGGGAGCCACGGGCCCACGCCCACCCCGGGAGCGACGCAGGGCUCCUCCCAGGCGACGCCUAAUGGAGGUUCAGGCCCAGCCACAACCGCAACCGCAGCCGCAGCACCACCAGAUGCCUCUCCAGGCUCAUGUGCAGAAGACCCCGAUGCAGCUACCCAUGCAGCAUCCCCAGCAUCAGCAGCAUCAACAACAUCAGCAGCAUCAACAGCAACAACAUCAGCAACACCAGCAACAUCAGCAGCAUACCCAGCAUACCCAGCAUACCCAGCAUACCCAGCAUACCCAGCAGCAGCAGCAGCAGGCCCAACAACCGCAACAGCAGCAACAACAGCAUCCGCAUCAGCAUCAAGCGCAUCAGCAGAAACACCCGCAUCAGCAACAACUCCAGCAUCCGCAUCAGCACAACCACGCAGCCGUCCAGGCGCAGGCUCAAGCUCAAGCCCAUCUCCAGCGCCCACAGCCACACCUCCAGCAUCUCCAACACCUCCAGCAACAGCACCCGCAGCACCUCCAAGCGCAGGGAGCGACGGCGCCCACGCAUGCGCAGCACCACCCAAUGCACAUGCACAUGCAGAUGCCCUUCCAGGCGACUCACCACAACGCCGCGGCCGCGGCAGCAUCGCACACACCGCACGACCCGAUGAUGCUGAACCGGGGCCAGAAGGGCGGAAUGGACGAUGAUCCGCGAAAGAGGGGGUUCAUCUUGCCUCAGAUGCAGUAG